AUGCGCAGUGAGCCAGAGCCACUUGCGUUCCCACAACUCGGGUCUUCUUUUGCAGGCAACCUUUCUUCGGGGAAGCCGCUGAAUCACGAGAGGAAGUCCACUUUGACGCCGACGCAAAGGGAGAGCGUCCCGGCCAAAUCUCCGGUCCCGGGGGUUGACCCCGGAGUCACUCACAGCCCCUUCGACCCCCACCACCGAGGGGCAGCCCCCGAAGUUUACCGGAGCCAUCUCUCGCCUCACCUGGACCCAGCCAUCCAGUUCCACAGAGCCUUGGAUCCCACGACCGCCUACAUGUUCCAGCGGCAGCUCUCGCCCACCCCGGGCUACCCCAGCCAAUACCAGCUUUAUGCCAUGGAGAACACGCGGCAAACCAUCCUGAACGACUACAUCACGUCCCAGCAGAUGCAGGUCAACCUGCGGCCGGACCUUGCACGAGGACUGUCGCCCCGAGAGCAGACCUUGGCGCUCCCCUAUGCAGGGGCGAGAG